AUGAGCAGUAAGGAAUAUUUCAAGGGUGGCCGCUCUGGCCACUGGGUCCGGGGAUGCCCCAGAGGGGAACAAGCUCCAGGGAGAAGAGCUAGUGGCCGUGGCAGAGGUUGUCAGUACAGUUCUGCCACCCUGUCUGACAUCUGUUACCGCUGCGGUGAAUCUGGUCAUCACGCUAAGAACUGUGACCUUCACGAGGACGUCUGCUACAACUGUGGGAGAAGUGGCCACAUCGCCAAAGACUGUGUUGAUCCGACGUGUUCAAGAGGGCAGGGCUGUUGCACUUGUGGCAAAGCAGGUCAUCUGGCUCGUGAUUGUGACCGUCAGGAAGAGCAGAAGUGCUACUCGUGUGGUGAAUAUGGUCACAUUCAGAAAGAGUGCGCCCAAAUCAAGUGCUACCGGUGUGGCAAGAACGGCCAUAUGGUCAUCAACUGUCCCAAGACAAUGAAGAUCAAGUGCUAUCGUUGUGGAAAGUCUGGGCAUAUAGCCCGGGAUUGCCCCACUGAAGAUACAGCUUAA